AUGGCAGAAGUCGCUCCACACGAGCCGCUACGAGGCCAUUCGUCACAGCUGGUGGCGACGCUCAAGAUGACACACGGCCGGAUCGUCACCUUGUGUGACUGGCGUCUCAGUACUCGCGUACCCAAGUGGUUCUUGCCAGGAUAUGAAGUGAACUUUUCAGUGUCCGACCAGACCAUCGGGCAUGCAAGGGGCUCUUUUGGCUCCACGCUUCAUCGUGGAGAGGUGUACCGGUACACGUACAGCAAGGACCGAGCUCUGUCGAGCGCAACGUCCACGGUAGCAGUCAAGUGUCUCUGGGCACUGCCUGACGUUCACUUUCAGUACCUGGAGCAGCUCUUCGAACGCAGUGGCGUGUCGAAAUGGACACGUGUGCGACACCCAAACGUGGUGACGAUACGGGGAGCUUCCCACGUUGUGACGCCGCCAUACUUUGUGAGAGACUUUACAACUUACGGUGGACUUACGACAUAUCUUGAAGCCCUGGAAACACGGGCGAGGGAAUGUGCAGGUUCAGAAAGUCGUGGAAAAAUGGAGACGCUGACUUGGCAGUUACUGUACGGAGCCAGUCGUGGACUACUGCACCUCCAUGAGCAACACAACAUUGUUCAUGGUGGAUUACGCUGCAACAAUAUCCUCGUUGAUAAGAAAGGUCGGGCUGUGAUUGCCGACUACGGACUCUAUACGUUGGCAUGUGAUGCUCGGGAUUCGGGACUCACUGAACAUUUUCAGCUGGACGUUUUUGACGCGGACGCUGGGGAACAACUCCGAUGGCAAGCCCCGGAGUGUCUGCAAGAGCAUGCAGCCUAUCGAGCGUCACUUCAGUCUCUUUCGGAAACUGGGUCGGCACUAGUGUCAUCACGCAGUCCUAGUGCGUCGGCCGCUUCAUUUGCCACAGAUGUGUACACUUUUGGAAUGUGUAUUCUGGAAGCUUUGACACGCACAGUGCCCUGGGAGUGGCAUGACAUUGUGACGAUUCGCACACUGAAAGCGAAUCAGAGUCCGCUUCCUCCUCGACCAAGGUUCAUAUCAUCUCAGGCGUGGAAUCUGAUUGAAAAGAUGUGUGCAGCCGACCCGGAGAAGCGCAUGUCUUUGGCCGAGGCUUCGCAGGAGCUCAAGCGAUUUGGAUACGGAGACCGCGUGUCAUCUCAUUCACGCAGUCACAGUUCGAUGAAUUUGGCACUACCGGAGGCCAACGCAAGUGCCAAAGUGGAUCGUGUGUUGAAUUCGUUGGACGAAGUUUCACGAAAACUCGUGCACCUCGAUGGCAGUACGAAGGACUUGGGGGCGCUCGAAGCUGAUGCAGUUGCCGAAGCUGAGCAUGUUUUUACGUCAUUGGAAGAAGCCUCAGAAGAGCUUCAGAAUAUACAGAACCGUUCUUGCAACGGGUGUGCUACAGAUAUGGGGGAGUUGGAAGAAGAAGCAUCGCAAAAACUAGUCCGCGUGCUGAGUCGGUUGAAUAUUGCCUUUCGAGAGCUGAAGCGACUGGGUAUGGGCGACAAAGCAACAAAUGCGUCGUGA